GAAAAGGGCGCGCGGACACGCGUUCCAGGCGGGGCCGGAGAGGAUCUCCUGGGCACCGCUCGCUUCCUGGCCGGCUUGCUUGCCCGCAGUUGCUCCCUCAGUCCUUCGCUCGCGCGCGCAUCCCCUCCCACACCAGGGAGUAGUUUUGGGUGGCGUGGGCUCCGUCCUCUUCUUGCCUGGUGGGAACGGUGUGCCCGAGAGAGGAAGUCUGGUGGGCCCGGCCCCUCCCAGCCCAGCGCCGAUGAGUGCCAGGGCGCCCAAGGAGCUGAGGCUGGCGCUGCCGCCGUGUCUCCUCAACCGGACCUUUGCUUCCCCCAACGCCAGCGGCAGCGGCCACGCGAGUGCCCGUGGCCCGGGUGCGGGAGGCAGCGGCGGCGGCACCUGCAUCACGCAGGUGGGACAGCAGCUCUUCCAGUCCUUCUCCUCCACGCUGGUGCUGAUUGUCCUGGUCACCCUUAUCUUCUGCCUCAUCGUGCUGUCCCUCUCCACCUUCCACAUCCACAAGCGCAGGAUGAAGAAGCGGAAGAUGCAGAGGGCGCAGGAGGAAUAUGAGCGGGAUCACUGCAGCAGCAACCUCGGCGGCAGGGGGCUGCCCCCGGCGGGCGGCCAGGCCCCAACCCACGCGAAAGAAACCCGGCUGGAGAGGCAGCCCCGGGACUUCGCCUUCUGCGCCCCCUCCGACGCCUCCUCGUCGUCUUCGUGCCCCGGCCGCCCGCGCCAGGGUCCCUGCGCUCCCCCGCCUCCCCCGCCGGCCCCCAGUCCUCAGGGAGCCCACGAAACCUCCUGUUUGGACACAGCUGGCGAGGGCCUUUUGCAAACGGUGGUACUCUCCUGAUUGUUUAGCCCCCUCUGCUCUCCCCUUCCUCAUUUCCAGCGUCUUUGCCGUCCUUGCUUUUUCUCUCCCUCCAUCUUUCCUCUGCCAGUUUUCUCUGGCUUCCCUCCCUUUUUCCUUCUUUCCGUAUCUGCCCUCCCCUUACUGUCUCUCCUCCGCCGAGGCACUGUGCGGUAUUUGUAAAUAUUGGGCGAGGAAAGUCUCGGAAGAAGAAAUAACGCUGAUAAUACUUUAUUAUUAAUAUUUAUAGUAAUUAUUAUAAUACUAAUAACACAAUCCAAGCGCAUGACAAAUCACAUAAUUUCUCAUUGUCAAUGAAGGACGCGUCUUCCCUCUUCACCCUGCACACCCCUCCCCCCCAAUAAGGAGGAGAAACCGCACAAGCUACCAGAUAUAAAAAAGGCGUUGAUUCCUGGACCAAAGGGAGUGGAGGGGGCCUGGUGUGUUGUACAUAGCUGUCAAGUUAAGGUUCAGUUCCCUUCCCUUCCUUCCCCCCCCCCACCCAAGCUUUCACUUUUCCUUCAGCUCCCCUCCCUUCCCCAUUCCCACCUCCGCAGGGCUCAGGCAAUACUAUAUUAUAAAGAAAACGUCUACAUUAAGCACCAGAACUACAAGAGGCCGCAAAGACGGUCCCAGAAAAACGUGUAUGACAUGUACCGAUCUCUGGUCAGCCCUCUUUCUCACCCCUUCGUCAACCAUUCCCUUUUCCAGGACCAGGCAUUUAAAUUUACUUUUAGAAACGUCCCUCGCUGGUCGAAAAUCUUUAAAUGAGUUGAAAGAAAAGAAAAGAAAGAGACAGAAAAAAAGAGAAAGAAAGAAAGAAAAAAAAAAAGAAAGAAAGAAACUCUACUGCUUUAGCUCUCUGCCCCACACCCCAGAUAUACACCUUUGACUUGGGGCAUUUUAGGAUUCACAGAAGAUCCAGAAGCUGUCCAGCCGGGUGUGGUGCUGACAUUGCUUCACCGGACUGGUUACUUUGUUUGGUUGUGCAGGCAGAGGAGGGGCUGUUUGGGGAAGUGACUGUUUUAGCUUUUUGUUGGUUUCUUUCUUCUUUUUCUACAAUCGGGUUUGUGUGUACUAUUGGUUUUAUUAUUAAACAUUGCAUAAGUUACCUUUUUUUGUAAAAAAAAAAAAAUACUAGGUGAUGUGCAGUACUGAAAGUGCAGUAUCUAACCAACCAAAAUGUUUCUGUUUCAUUUUUAGAACAAGUGCACCUUUGUUAUAUAUUUAUUAUAUUGGUACCAAAUACAGAAGCAAACUAUAGUUCUGUACUACAUCCUCCAAACUGUAUAGUCUUGUUCUUAAUUUCCAGCUGUUGAUAUAAUGGUUACCGCUGGAUGAGCAAUUCAGUGGUGCAGGCCUGGCUUCUGCUGUUUCCAGAAGUGUUCUUUUGUACCUUAUUCUGUAGUAGACUGUUAUAAAAAGAUAACACAUAUGUUUUCUUUUUUCUUUUGCGAAUAACAGAAACAACCACAACAGAAAACAAACGAAUAAUGGAUGUGCAGGAAUGCCAUCUAUUAAAACAUGGUUAAUAUUUAAA